CCGAGAGGGCCGGAUCGAUGUCUGGCUCUACCGACGCCGCCUGCCGCACGCGCUCAGUCGGCUGAUUGUGAAACGCUCUGGCAAGCCACGUGUUUGGGUGUUCGAGGAUAUUGUAGAGUUUGAGAUGGACGCCGACCCCGUGCGAUGUCUUCUUCGAGCAGCCAACUUUGCGGCCAUCAAACACAAGGACCAGCGGAGGAAGGAUCCCGACAAGACGCCCUACAUCAACCACCCGAUCGGGGUGGCCUACAUUCUGAUGGACGAGGGCGACGUUACCGACAUCGACGUGCUGCAGGCCGCCAUCCUCCAUGACACCGUCGAGGAUACCGACACCACUUUGGACGAGAUCCAAGACGUCUUCGGCGAAAAGGUCCGAUCCAUCGUCGCUGAGGUCACCGACGACAAGUCGCUGCCCAAGGCGGAGCGGAAGCGCCUGCAGGUGGAGCACGCCGCCUCGCGCAGCCACCAGGCCAAGCUGGUCAAGCUGGCCGACAAGCUGUACAACCUGCGUGACCUGUGCCGCACCACGCCCGAGGGCUGGGACGAGCAGCGCGUGGCCGAGUACUUCCAGUGGGCGGCGCGGGUGGUGCGUGGUCUGCGCGGCACUAACCGGCCGCUGGAGGAGCGGCUCGAGCGGCUGUUCAAGGAGCGACAGGUGCCCGACUGCUGAUGGCCUGAGGAGUGGUGAAUGAAUGGAACCUCAGUGAAUUGGACUGAUGGGCCGAGUGUCUGCUGGCAAGGCCGCCGGCUGUGGGGUGUGGGCGACAGUGUACUUACCAUAAAGGUAUUUUUCUGGUUUCUUUAUUCGAUUGGUAUAUUUAACUAUUUAUGAAUUGCGAACCUUUUUCCCAUUCCAUCCCGGUUAAACUCAUUUCAACGCAGCACCUGACUGCCGUCUCCCUCUCCACUCAAGUUGGCGCCUCUUUGCUAUUAAACCAGUAUCAGCGAAUCAAUGAUAUAUGCUAUAUCCAGGUGUGACCAUCUUACACACACUUAUCAUCAUCCAUUCAAAAGGCAUGAGAGAGAAUUUCUAUCUGAAUCUCACUAUUCACCAGUUGCAUUCUGUAUCCUGAUAUAACUUGUAAACCAUGCUUAUGAUGGCAAGAGUGCUCAACUUCCAUUGAUACGACGUGCCUGAACUUCGGAUUGUUGAAUAAAUGCUUUUUCAAAGCUUU